AUGGAUAAGUUACCCAUAACUCUUUUUGCAAAUGUAUGUCAGUAUUUAUAUGAUGUAGAUUUACUUUCUUUACUAGAAUUAAAUCGAGAUUUUUCAUUAUUAUGGAAAAACUAUGAAUUUUGGGAACUUUUGAUAGGAAAAAGGAGAUCUUUUACUGCUAUGAUAUAUAAAGAACUAUGGGAUGAAAUGUAUGAUCUACGUUCCCUGGGUUUACUUUAUAAAAUAGAUGAAGAUAAUAAAAAGUCUGAGAUACUUAAAAAUGAAGGUAAAUUCAUAAAUAGUGAUAAUAAGCUUACUUCAGGGUGCAUGAAUCUUAUUCUACAUAGUAUAUUUAAUCUGCAAAUAAAGUUGCUAAACACCGAAUAUUUCCACUUAUUAUGGCGAAAUUUAAUGAAUAGAAGACUUCAAUAUUUAAGUUAUAGGCAUUUACUUUGUUUAUUUCAAGAUGUAGCUCCUAUAUUAAUUCAGAGGAGAGUCAAGAGUGAUUUAACAAGAGGCACAACAAAAGAAGAAACAGAUUUUAUACCUGAUACAUUAGUAAAUAGCAAAGUAGUAGCUAUAUAUUCACCUUUAAUAGCUACUUGUACUGAUAAAUUUUUGAAUAUAUAUGAGUUAAUUGAUAAUGACAAGAAGAGCACUUUAGAAUUUCAAAAUGGUCAACAUAGUCUUGAACCUAUGACAUCCCUCAAACUAAGAAGUAAAAUACCUUAUAAGGAUCAUUUGUAUAUUAAUGAAACAAGUUUUCAACUAAAUUUAGAAAUAUAUAGAACAGAUAUUUUAAAAGCAAAAGAUUAUCAUUUAGGAUAUAGAAAGGAUGAUAAAUCUUACUUACCAAGUAAAGUAAUACGCUGGAUGUUUUAUGAUAAUAAACUAAUUAUAUUUAUAACAGUAAAUUAUGGAAUUUAUGUGUAUGAUAUAAAGAAUCCAACUAUUAGCUAUGUACUCAAGGAUAGUAAAAGUUCUACAGCAAAAUUUGAUCUAGCCUCACAGGUUAUCUGUUAUGAUUUGUCAGGAGACAGUUUAGUAGUUGGAUUAGCUGAUGGCCAUUUGGAAUUUUGGGAAAUUACUAAAAAUAAACAAUUUAAAUCUGAUAUUAGUUCUAAUAUAAAUAUUGAAAAUUCGAAAAAUUUAAAAACUUUGCAAAUAAAUCCAUUAAAUAUCUCAUUAAAGCAUAUAAUAAAUUAUGAGCAUUCAUAUACCCAAAAAAUUUGGAUAGAAUAUUCAGAUGAUUGGACAGCUCCCUUGCAAUUCAUUCAUUGUUGUAGAAAAUGUAAACUUGCUGUAGCAAUUUAUAAUGGAAUUGUUAGGCAAGUUAGGAUAUUUAAUUUGAAAAAAAAAGGAAAUUUACAAGUUGGAAGCUUUGUUCAAAAGAUUUCUCUUUGUAGUGAUAUACAAGCUUGUAUUAUUGAACCUUUUGGUCGCUUUGUUGUGUGUGUAGAUUCUAUUAAUGAAAACCCACCAUAUACAAGAUUAUAUUCUAUUAAAAAUGGUCAAUUGAUUGCUGAAUUUAACUAUAGAAUUUUGAGUCCUAAAUUUACACCUUGUGGAUAUUUUAUGCUUGGUAUAAAUAAAAGAACCUCAGGUUCAGUAUUAAAUUCUGCAAAUAGCUCUUGUAACUUAAAAAAAGAAUCAAAUUCUACAUCUAGCUUAUCUAUAUGGUCUAUACCAUCAUUUAGAAGAAUUAUUUCUCUUCAGGGAUACUCAAAAGGGAAAUUUGUUGAUAUGUUCUUUUCGCGUGCACGUAAUUCUACUAUGCUAGUUACAGUUUCAGUUUCAGCACCGUAUUAUGAGGAUCAUGAUAAUAAACCAUUAUUACUUACAGAUUCCCAUGUCCUAUUUAUAUCUCAUGACUGGUUUGCAAAAAAAAAACCUAUUGAAAUCAAUUAUAUUUCUAGUUAUAAAAGUGGAUACCUUUACGAUAUUCAACUCUCACGACUACACUCAUUUACUAAACGAAAUUCUAUUCAAUCUCAAAUGUUACAAAUAUCUUAUCUAACAUCCAAUAAAUUUAUACAGCACUUAGUAGAUCUAUUUUUAGCUAAACAUACACAGAUUAUAUCCAAUUUAUUUACUAAAGGCUUCUUUCCUCAGAUCCUAUAUUUGAGUAGCUUUGCAUCCACUGAAAUUCAGCAUACUGACUUAGAUAUAAGUCAAGAUAAUGAAAUUUAUUCAAAAUUUAUUAAUGAAUUUAACUUUUUAACUAUUGUUUCUCAAGAAAAUGAAGUAUCUAAUUUGUACUCCACUGAUAUUGAGCAGUGGCUUUUAAAGGAAAUCCUCAAUGAAAACUUAUGCAACUUUAAACGUCCCAAAGAUGUAUAUAAGUAUAAACAAAGUAUUAAAUGA